CCAUUACGGUUCGGUAGGAGGAAACCGAUACUUCAGAUCCCGCGGUGACUAGAAGACCCACGCCAUCGUCACUCUCAAUCCUCGACCGACUAGAAGCUUGAUUGGAUUUGGGAUAUUGCAUUCAAUUGCUCCACGAUCACUGUACCUUCCCCAAGUAUGUUAUGUUUCGUCGUUUUAUUUCGGAAUCUGUAACCUCUCGUCAAUUUACGACUAGAAUGAUUGUGGGUUUUGAGGAACAUACGUCCUGAUACAAGAAUAAAUUAUUUUUCCUUUUUCGGGUCCCUGUUUCGAGCUUUAGGAAUAGCUACGGAGAGUUUUUUUGUGUAUUUCCAGAUGGAGCCUUCGGUCUCUUCUCUUGCUUACAAAGGUACUAUACCCGAAGCAAUUGCUGAAGCCAAAAGGCAGAAGAAACUUUUUGUUGUCCAUAUUUUAGGUAACAAUGCAGAGUCAACUCAUUUAGAGGAAUCAACAUGGGUAGAUCCAAAUGUGGCAGAGUCUGUAUCAAAGUACUGCAUUUUAUUGCAGAUCCCUGAGGGAAGCACUGAUGCAGCUAAUUUUUCUGCAAUAUAUCCGCAUAAAUCCACCCCAUCUAUUGCAGUUAUUGGAUACAAUGGGGUACAACUUUGGCAAAAUGAGGGUUUUGUCAGUGCUGAUAUUCUGGUAUCUAGCCUUGAAAAGGCAUGGUUGAGUCUUCAUAUCCAGGAAACAACAGCAACUUUCCUAACUGCAGCACUUUCUUCAAGAAAACCUGAGCCACACGACACUACAGCCUCACUGGAGCAAGGAGGUUCUUCAAGACCGGAUGUUCCUUCACUUUCAACAGACAAUCAUGGCCCUCCUGCUCAUGAGGACAAAAUUUCCAAACUAGCCAACAAAACUCCUCCUGGUGAAGUUGAAUCCUCCAGCUCUUUGUGUGAAACAACUAAAGAGUCACCUAGUGCUGUGAAUGAUCCUAAAGAUUCUGGAGUUGGUCAUAUUUCUUCUAGAGCUGGAGAUGAAUGUCCUGUCCCAGGAAAAAAUCUAAAUGCAGUUGAUCAUCAUUCUCUACCUACAACAGGGGCUUCUCAAGCAAUUGGCAGUGAGGAACCUGAAUCUCGACAGUACAAAAAGACUGGUGCUGCAGGGGACAAUAAAAUUGAUUCAGGAGGUAGAGCCGAAAAGGCAACUGUUUCCGUCUCCAUCCAGGUUAAAAAGCCUGAUGCUGUAGAGGAAGACAAGAGUGAUGCUUUAGAUUCCUGCUCGAGUCAAUCAACUGAUGUUUAUUUAAAUCUCCGAUUGCUUGAUGGCACUAACUUACAAAGGAAGUUCCUUCUGACAAACACUUUGAGAAUGGUAAAAGACUAUGUGGAUGAGAACCAAGCAAGUGCAUUUGGCUCUUAUGAUCUUGCUAUCCCCUAUCCUCGCAAGGCGUUCAAUGACCAAGAUUUAAACAAAACAUUGUCAGAAUUGGGUUUGUUUGGCAGACAAGCUCUAAUAGUGGUGCCACUUAAUCGGGCUACUGGUUACCAUAGAGGAGGGUCUUCAUCCCUUGGCCAAACAAUUUCCACAACUGGUCAAGGUACUUUGAAUAGGAGCAAUGAAGGAUAUCUUGGACUAGUAAAAAGGAUUUUGUCUUAUGUAAACCCUUUCUCCUAUCUUGGUGGGGGUGCCAGCUCAUCAAAUUCUGCACAGGAGUCUCAAAGUGGCAUUUGGCAAUACAGGCCAAAUCCUGGUCUGCAGAAUAACCUCAGAAGCACAACAGGGAGAUCCCAAACAGCUAAGUCAUCGGAUCAAAGCACCCUUGGAAAUAAUAGCAAGAGCAGGCAACCGCAGUCGACCCGAUUCGGAAGCAACAUCCACACCCUCAAGCACGAGGAGGAUGACAGCCGGUUUAGCGACCGAAAUGCAUUCUGGAAUGGAAACUCCACGCAGUAUGGUGGCGGCGACAAUGAUGCCAAAUAACGUUAACUAAAGGGCUCUUGUUCAGUUGUUUGAUCAUGUUGGAGCUUCAAGCUUUUCUUGAUUUAUUUCAGCUUCUUUAUUUAAGCUUGAUCUAUCUAUCUAUCUAUAUAUAUAUGUGCGCGUGUGUGUCCAGAACAAUGGAAGUAGGGGAAGAUGUUACCAUCUAUCAUCAAUAAAUCUUUUAGUGGGUUGACUCUCAACUCUUGGAAGGGUGUAAAUAUCAUCUAAUGUUUCUUGUUAUGA